CUUUAAAAUAUUAAUAUGUUCACACUGAUUUUAUUUGGGCUAAGUUUUGUAUUAUUAUUAAUUUAUUUAAAUGGCAAAUACAACGAGAUAUAUUGGCGUAAACGAAAUGUUAAAUUUCAUCCACGCAACAAAGUGGCUGGUGUUUUUUGGGAUUUCAUAACACAAGACAAAGCUGUUUUUGAGAUUUUGUGUGAACUGUACAAGGAUUAUAGAAACGAGCCCGCUGUGGGCAUUGGAGGAAUAUUAACUCCGACGUUGUACGUUCCAGAUCCAGUUAACAUACAACAUGUCAUGACGUCUGACUUUAAUUCCUUCAACCAUAGAGGAAUAGAUGCGAACGAGGGAGAUCUUUUAGCUGAUAAUAUCUUAUUAAUGCAUGGUAAUCGGUGGAAGCUAAUGCGACAGAACAUGACGCCACUAUUUACAUCGAAAAAAUUGAAAUCAAUGUACUACAUCAUUGACAAAAGUGCAGUAGACUUUAUCAAAUUAUUGAAAACAAAUCCCGAUCUUUGGAAUGGAAAGUCCUUUGAUACGCUUUCUUCAUUCUGCAGUGCUGCUGUUGGUGCUGCUGUUUUUGGAGUGAGCACAAAAUCAAUUUUUGAUUCACCAUUCUUGAACAUGGCUCGCAAUGCUCUAGAGCCAAAUAUUGUAAGCAAUAUAAAAUUUUCUCUGGCAAAUAUAAGUACUAGCCUGUUUAGAAUGUUAAACAUCAAACUUUUUAAAAGGCACGAGAAAUUUUUCAUCGGUGCAAUAAAACAAGUGAUAAAGGAAAGAAAACAAGACAAUGUUAAAAAACACGAUUUCGUGGAUAUUUGUGUUACGCUACAAAACUCAGGCAAAUUAGUAGAUAAAGAUACGGGCUUGGAAAUGACAGCAACGGAUGAACUUUUAGCGGCUCAAGCAUUUUUCUUCUUCGUUGCAGGCGUCGAACCGACAGCAACUGCAAUUUUUGCUACUUUAGUUGAAUUAGGACGGAAUCCAGAACAUCUAGCAAGAUUACAAGAAGAAAUAGAUGCGUCAUUUGCUGAACAUAAUAAUGAAAUGCCGUAUGAUGCUGUAGUCGGAAUGAAUUUCCUUGAUAUGGCUUUAAAUGAAGCGUUACGCAUGCACCCACCAAUUGGAUUUUCAUCUAGACAGUGUGUAAAAGAUACCGUACUUCCUACAGGGAAUAUUAAAGUAGAUAAAGGUACUAGGAUUUUCACACCUAUAUUUGAACUUCAUCAUGAUGAAAGGUAUUACGAGGAGCCAGAAGUUUACAAGCCAGAGAGAUUUUCUGCUGAAAAUAGACAUAAAAUUGCUGAUAUAACUUAUAUGCCUUUUGGAAAAGGAAACAGAAUUUGUGUUGGUAUGAGAUACGCCACAUUACAAGCUAAAGCAGGGCUUAUACACCUAUUGCGUAACUUUACAGUCAAAACUGUAAUUGAAGAUGGUGGAAUGAGGUACAGCAAGCAACAAGUACAAGUAAGGCUGGAUAACGUAGAUGUGGAAUUAAUACCACGUCAAAAUAUAUCUGUAUAAAAUGUUAUCAUCAUAAAA